AGUGUACGUUGAAACGAAGAGGAAGCCGAGAGAUGCACAAAGAUAAGAAGACCCCCAGCCAGGAAGACAGUGCCGACUUAAAAUGUCAGCUUCAAUUCGCAAAAGAGGAAGCAGCACUGAUGAGAAAGAAAAUGGCCAAACUUGGAAAAGAGAAGGAUGAUCUAGAGCAGGAACUGGAGAAGUACAAGUCAGUCUAUGGAGAUGUAGAAAGUCCUCUACCAACAGGAGAGACUGGGGGCCCACCCAGCACUAGAGAAGCUGAAUUAAAAUUACGUCUUAAGUUGGUGGGGUUGAAGAGGAAGCUAAUAUCCUUGGAAGAAAAAUAGUUGAGUUAGAGGUGGAAAACAGGGGCAUUAAAGCAGAAAUGGAAGACCUCAGGUGCCAGUAUGAAAAAGAAUUUCUAAGCAGGGAGUAUGUUUCAAGCAUUCCUACCUCACCAUAUGGUGAUUCCAUGGAAUCUGCCACAGAGCUACGACGCCACCUCCAAUUUGUGGAAGAGGAAGCAGAGCUGCUGAGGAGAUCCAUUUCUGAGAUAGAGGAUCACAAUAAACAGCUUACAACUGAGCUGAACAGAUUCAAGUUUGGUCCUGUGCAGGACCUUGUCUGGAUCGAUGACAACUCUUCCAAAUGCAAUGGGUCAGUACAGGAGGAGCUAAAGGCAGCUCGCAUUCAGAUAAGUGAGCUUAGUUCUAAGGUAAUGAAACUUCAGUAUGAAAACCGAGUUUUACUAUCGAAUGUUCAACGCUAUGAUCUUGUGUCACACUUGGGAAUGCGAACAGCAAGCCCACGUGAUAGUGAUGCAGAAAGUGAUGCAGGGAAAAAAGAAAGUGACAGUGAAGAUGGACGUCAUGUUCAACCAAAGAGAGAAGGUCCUAUUGGUGGAGAGAGUGACUCAGAAGAUGCCUAUGAAAAGACCUCAGGUUUUGAAAGUGUAAAACCCUCUGAUGAUGGUGAGACGUAUUGUGAAGAAUUAGUUAAACUGAGAGAAGAUGCACACUAUUUUAUGAAUAUGAAACGUGAGGCUGAACGACUAGGAAAGUCCGUAGAGCGCCUAAUUACAGACACAGACAGCUUGAUCUAUGAUGCCAAAUUGCAGAUGACAAGCAGUUCUGUGGAGGAAGUAUUAAAGGGCUGUCCAGACAGAGGAGACACCUCUGGGUCAGAAGUUUUAAGCAACAUUAAUACAAAAAUGAAAGUAUUCGGGAAAGAGUUGCAUAACUUUCUAGAAAUGGUUGAGCACACGGGGGAAGAUCUAAAAGAGCAUGCAGAAGACCUGUCCCCAAUGCCACAUCUCACAGAAUCAUCUAGUUUCUUGUCCAACCUGACUUCUGCUUCUCGAGAUUCUCCAAUUGGAAAUCUUGGAAAAGAACUCAUAACUGACUUUCAGCAGUCCAAGCUGAGGGAACAAAUGGAAUGGCAAUCCCACCAUGAGCAUGAAGAAGAUUUCCAUCGUCACCUUGUAAAUCAUGAAUCACAUCGCAGAGCAGAUGGGGACAGUAAGCACUACAGGCCAGGAGACAAGGGCGGUUUCAGUCUAGAGCUCAGCAAUCACGUGUCGCCUGAAAAGAAUCCAACACUACGUGAACUGCAGGCUAUUCUUGAACAGGAAAGGAGACUUCACCAAGAGGAGCAUGAAAAGGUGACAGACAGGCUCAUCCAGCUGGAGGAGGAACAUUUAAAAAACAUUCGGAGGAAAGACUUGGAGGUUCAGAGUCUCACAUUACAGAAUAAACUGGAGGAGAAAACAUGGGGCCAAGAAAAAAGUCUUUUAGAGCAAGAAAUAAGAAACUUCAAGCGGAAUGUCUUUGUUUUCUAUGUGAAACUAAAAUGGCUUCUAGCACAUUGGCGCCAGUGCAAACGGGUGGAGGAAGAAGUGGGCGAUGAAUUGCUUCAGAUUGAUCAACUAAAUACCCUUCCUGAGUUUGCUGGCCAACUUGACUUCAAAGAAAGUGACCCUGACUUGGAGGAAGGGGAAGAAGAUGAGGAUGAUGGAGUGUUUGCCUUAACAGACUAUCCCCAACAUUCCACAAGCGAGCACAGCAGAGACCUCAGCCCCCAGCUACAGACACCUGAACUACUCCAACAUCAGAAACAGGCAAGUGAAAAUCAUCGCCUCCUUGCUGCAUUUAAGGGCUUAGUGGAUGAUCUCCGAUCUGAGUUGCGGGAUGAAGCCAUGGACAGACAUGACAUUCAGCAGCAGUUUGCAGAAGACAAAGCUGCUUGGGAGAUGGAAGGGACAGAGCUAAGAUGUCGUCUGGAGCAGUAUGAAGUAAGGAGGCCAAAAGUGCCUGAAGACUUGAGCCCCAGUGAAGUUAAGUUAUCUGUCAGUCAUGAGAGAGAGGAGCACAAAAAGUUGCUUGCUGAGAGCCACAGGUUGGUGAUGGACCUUCGCAGGCAAGUACAGCAGAGUGAAAAGAACUGGAGUCGGGAGAAAGGAGAGCUGCUGAAUCGAUUUGAAAAGGAAAAACAUGAAUGGGAAAAGCAAAGAACAGAAUUCCUAAGGGAAAUAGAGCAGUUUCAAACGGAAUCAAGUCCUCAGAGAACCGAUAGCUUCCUUGAUGACCAACAUGAUGGUGGUGGUAUGGCUGAAUAUUCAGCCAAGGCUGUGCUGCAUUCGCAUGGAGCUAGGUCAUUUUCUGACUCCGAUGAUAUGCAGUUUGAGGAACAGUUACUGCCUAAGCUGAAGGGGUCCGAUCGCUGCUCUGGCUCUGAGAAUCUCUUUCUUGAUGCCCUCUCAUUGGAUUCUGCUGAUGAGACUGAUUUAACUCAGCCCCGCAAACUGGAGCGUGAUAAGUUCUCUACUGAGGAUGAUGCACAAAAGGGAGGUUUGCAGAGGGUCAUGUCUGUUUCCUCCAUGUCUGAAUUUCAUCGAUUAAUGGAAAGCUCUCCUUUCCUUCCGGAGAAGAACUUAGAUUCUUUCUGGCGACAAGGAUGAGUUAACGCCGCCCUUGUCUCCUGAUGAUCUGAAAUAUAUUGAAGAGUUUAACAAGAACUGGGAUUACAAUAAUGUGGGCCAGGGUGAUAAAAUGGUAUAUAGGGAUAGAACUGGAAAUGAGAAAAUGGAAUAUGAAUCUGCUUCUGAAACAUUCCAGUCAUCUUCAUGGUUCCUUACCACUAGUGUUACUAUGACAACGAAUACUUUGACCAACCCAGAUCACUGCCAGAAGCAGCUGUCUCAAAACCAUGGUGAUGCUGAAAAUAUGGGGGUUAGGGUCUUUCACAGCCCACCAGUGGUUCGUAGGUUUGAAAAAUCUGAAAACAAUGGCAAUGAUGAGAAGAAGCACCUGGACCCAGAUUUACUCUUUUCUGCGACCAAACCCAGGGCAAAUGUUUCUGAUGCAAAAAAUGGUGCUACAGAGGUAUUUGGGAGAUGGUCAUGCGAUCUCAAUAAGCACCACAAAGACUUUCAUGAGGGUAACCUACAUCCUAUGGACCGUCCUGUUUGCACUACUGUCAGCUUUGCAUCUUCUCUGCACAAUAUAGAGUUGUCAAGGAAUAUGAGUGAUGACAUGAAAGAAGUAGCUAACUCUGUUAGAAAUGCAAUUCGAUCAAACUCGGUGGAAUGCCAAUUUAGAGACAUUGCUUGUCAGACCAAUGGUUUAAAGACUACAGGAACACAAACAACUCAAACAAUUAGUGUUGGUUUGCAAACUGAGGCUUUACGAAGCGUUACCAGCAGUCCACACAAGUGUCUGACACCAAAGGGAGUUUAUACUCCUGUAUCAUCGCCUUCACGUAGUCUGAGGAACAGGCAGAUAUCUCCAGCUAUUGAAAAAGUUCAGGCAAAGUUUGAGCGGAGUUGUUGUUCUCCUAAAUAUGGUUCUCCAAAACUGCAGAAGAAAGGACUUGCUAAAACAGAUCAGCAAACUAAAUGCGCUACUUCUGGCACUCCCCAGAAAGGCUUCAAUGAAUCUGCAUGGGCUAGGUCAACGACAACCAGGGAAAGCCCUGUUCAUACCACAAUUAAUGAUGGACUUUCAAGUUUGUUUAAUAUAAUUGACCACAGCCCUGUAAAUUGCGACCAUUUACAAAAAGUGUCAAGGCCAAACAGCAGAUCUAGGUCAGCAGAAACCAGACAAGACUUUGUAACUAUGCCUGACGUGUAUAUGGAUGGCAGGGGGAGAUCUCCAAGUCCUAUCCGCAUAACUGUAGAUCUUCAAAGGGAUCAGUAUGUUGAUGCCAGCUCUAGACAAGACCUCUCUACCCCACCAAGUUACUCGCUGUCAGAAAAUGCUGCCAGGGUACUUAGCAAGAAAAUCUUAGAUGAUCAAAGACAAAUGCCAAAUAGUCCAACCAGAGGUUACAGAGACCACACAGCUGCAGAACUUUUAAAAAUCGAACAAGGAUCUAUUGAGAACCAAACUGUCUUACUAACUGCCCCCUGGGGACUCUAA